AUGGGUACUGGGGUGUUCAGUGUAUGUGUGUUCAUACCGAGGGACCGAAAUCCUUGUUUACCCUUGCUUCACGUGGAUUUGGAGGAACAUAUCUCCUUCAAGCUUACUUUAAAACAAAUAAGAGGGUGUGGAAACAAUGACAAGUGUGCUACAUGGUAUAACAAAGCAAUGCACGACACUAUGAAAGCAAAGGUUAAACAAGUUGGCUUUUUGUUCUUUUUGUCAAUCUUGGGCCAUGGAAAGAAAGGGGAUAGGCCUUUACUUGUGGCCUUAGCUGAGAGAUGGUGGGACACUACCCACACAUUCCACUUUGAUGAAGUUGGAGAGAUGCCGAUGACCCUUACGGACUUCACAACAAUCAUAGGAUUGCGUGUUGGUGGGAAGCGAUUAAAGUACGACUUGGAGAUUUACAAAAAUAAGAACAAGCUGGUUAAAUUGUUUGGGAAACCAAUUGCAGAGCUACUAGCGGGCGAAAGGAGAGUGUCGUAUGAAAGCCUUUCCACCCUGUACUGGAAGAAGAAUAAGAAAGAUGAUAAAGAAGCAGACCAAAUUGCAAGGGCAUUUAUACUAUACUUGAUUGGCUCCUCAUUCCUAAAUGAUAAGAACCAAUAUGUGAGUAUGCACUAUGCCCCCAGUCUGGAAAUAGUCUCAGACAUUGGUAAUUACGACUGGGGCGGUGCGGCUUUGGCUUGCUUGUGUAGAUCAAUGGAUUAUUGUUCCAGGGGCAGGUCCUCAAGCAUGGGUGGGUAUUGGAGGGUAUGGGCUUGUGAGUACCUAAAGCCGUUUGCUUUAUCAAGGCCCAGUGAAACCAUGAACACGUGGACUCGAACAUUUAGGUGGUUAGGUGCAAAAGCAAAGCGAGACUUAAGGGACCAGUUGGUUCAAAAAUAUUGUGCUGGCAACUCGUAA